AUGACGCUCCUGAAACGAGGCAGAAUUCGACUGCUCCUGAAGCUCACCAUUGCACUGGGAUCACUAUCGAUCCUCUCCCUACUAACUCGCAGUGAACCAGGCUGGAAUCCCAGCUCCGUUCUCAGGUACAGCUGGUUGGAGUAUAUAGACUCUGAUGACAGCACAGAGAAAGUGUGCAACUGCUCAGGUAUCUUGCAGGGAGAGAGGGAGGCACUGGAGCAGGCCAAAUUACUGACCAGCGAGAAAGACUUCCACAAGAGUGUUCACAUCCCUGAUGAACAUUACAUGAAUGCAACCGAAGACUGCAGUGCAUUCAAAUUAAGAAGAAAAUACUUAACAUCUCCGUUGAGCCAGGAAGAAGAGGACUUCCCCCUGGCAUACUCUAUGGUUGUGCAUCAUAAGGAUACAGGAAAGGCAAAUGAGCCUCCUCCCAUCAACAUAACCAUAAUGUAUGGAAGUGCCUACAUUGUGGUUAGCCGGGGCUUCAUCCGCAGUGUGUUGGAGGACAGCCGAGUGCCAGCACUGAUGGAGUGGGGCAAAGACACCUUCAUUCCUGAUGAAAUGUUCUGGCUCUGCCUGCUGAGUGGAACCAGCAGCUCAGCCUCUCACGGUCAGUCCUGGCUGCUCGCUGCACGGAAGCGCGGAGGAAUCCGAAGGACCCACUGA